AUGAGGAGCGGGAGGCUCACUCAAUACAUCAAGGAGACGGGCAGACCCGGCGCUUCGUGGCAUAAUCCUGCUUCUGCCCCCGCUCCACAAGCAUCAGACCCCGUGCACAUAGCCUCUGACAGCACCGAGGAGCCUCUUAAGCAAGUCCCUAUGAUCCACGGGAUCAUAGAACUCACUGACAAUCAAGAGCAUAUCACCAAAAUCCAUAAAAGGAUGGAAGAACGAGUGAAGCGAUACAAAUCAUUAGGCCAUGUGGCCAAUCUUGUCACUUCAGAAGACAGAAGCUGCCCAACCUCUGCAAUCACCUUCACCGAUGACGACUUGAAGGGCGUACACCUACCCCAUGAUGAUCCACUCGUCAUUUACCUACAGGUUGACCAUUGCCAACUGGGCAGAGUUCUGAUCGACAGGGGCAGUGGGGUCGACAUCCUCUUCUGGGAAGCCUUCCAGAAGAUGGGGCUAGAGGAGAAUCAGAUCCGGCCCUCCACCAUGCCCAUUUUGGGAUUCAACAACCAAAGAGUAUAUCCGAAGGGCGUCGUUCGAUUAACUGUGGUGGCCGCAGAACGCGCCCUGCCAGUAGACUUUCUCAUUAUAGAUUCCACCACAAGCUACAACGCCAUCAUGGGGAGAAAUUGGAUCCACCAGAUGCAGGGGGUAGUCUCAACUCUACAUCAGGUGAUGCGAUGUCAAUCACUCAACGGGCGCUACACCGUCGACAUCAAGGGCUGCCAGAAGCAGGCCAAAAAGGGCUUCCUUACCUUGAAAGAAAUAAAUAGCUCUGGCACUGCUUCCCAUAACAACUUCCCUGACAAAUAG